AUGGACGUUCCGGUCAGUAAAUCCGCGCUGUGCCAUCUUGCCCCCCUGGAAAGCAGUGAAGAGAUGAUUCUGACCUUGAAGCCAACAGAUGGCCGGCGACUGGUCGGUCGCGGGCGGAAACGUGAAGGUUCGACAAGCACUAAUCUAAUCCUAGAAGCAGUUACCAAAGCGGUGGCUGGUUUGGGAUCACAUUGCAGUGAUAUCGAAGAAAGAAUUGAAGAAAAAAUACGCAUAGAAGAACAGUGUGUAAAAGCUGUACUCACGAGAACGAACGCGGAAGAAUUAGAGCCGGACGUUGUGUUGGAAGCGAAACAACAAGGACCACCAUCACGCGGUCCACGGGGGGCACCAACGACUGGGAAGAUUUUGGAAAGGCUGCUUAUAAGUCACCGCCUGUGGAGGAUUGUUCCAUUCAACUUCGAAAUUUACCCUGGAAUACGUAUGAAUGUACCACAAGACAAGUUGAAUUGGAAAGUGCCCUAUCCAGCAUAUCGGACGUUUCGGAUAACGGAAGAUCGCCUUUCAGUACCAUAUGUGGGUAUGGAUGACGGAGCUGACGUUUCGCCCCAAACCUUACCAUACAAUGACUAUGACAGUCAACAUGGAGUGAGUCGCAAAGCAACUCGCGGUAGAGUACGCGUCUUUCGUAAAUCGAAUUCGGCGGAGACUAGCCAGCUGAUUGGGCUUCCAUUGAAUCCAUCUGGACGGUCCGGUCUGCAAGGCAAAGGUCUACUUCCACACUGGGGACCCAAUCACGCGGUGACUGUAGCACUGACGCGUGCACAUCCGGACGGUAUAAUAUGGAAUAAUCUCCCAGUAAUCCAAGUGGCUGUGCUCUGCAGAAAUCAGAAUUUCUGCCUUCCCUGGUACCUUAUCGACCACAGAGCAGACUGCGAGUUUCACGAAUGCACACCAAAUGUUAUCCGAGCACUCUUCACGCGACGCGUGUAUAAUAUGAUCCCUGACAAAGACGAGGCAAAGGCUAUUUUGACAAGCUUGAAAGCCGCUAACAUAUCACUGGUUAGCACUGGAUUUCUUCAUGAUCACCUGAAUGCCGACCACGCGUGGAUUGAAACAGUCUUUUUGAACAUUCAAGAAAACUCGCAAAACGCUUUUCGACCUGAACUAUUAAAAGUUUUUGUUGAAAAUGACGCCAGUGAACAAGUUAUUUGGCUCGACGUUUGCCAUCAAAUUGGGAUGCGUUCCAGUCACGAUGAGUUACUCAGAAGAUUGGCUCUACACUGCAAAGCCUAUUUCAAUGAGGAACCGGGACAGGAAGAGUACGAUUAA